AAAUUAAAAGUUUUUAAUAUAUUUUUUUCUUGAUAUAAAAAAUGCAAACUAUAUGUGCUCGUCAAUUAUCUACCGGCACCGGUAGCACCGGUAGUUUAAUGACAAUGUCAUCGUUAUCAUCAUUAUUAUCGUCACCUGUUAUCACCACUGGAUUUAUAUUCAUAACUAUUUUCUAUACAUUACUAUUACCUCAAAUACAUUGCGCGCCUACUGUACCAACUACUGGCGGUGCCAACAAAUGUCCGGACGUACGGCAACAACCGUCGGCCUACAGUCGACAGUGUCGAUGCUCGACCAAUAGUACAGGCCAUACGGUUAUCGUAUGUAAUGGUGACGACAUUAUCGAUAUGAACAACUAUUUUGUCGGUCUAAGCCAAUACCAAUCAACAAUGCAGACCAUCGCUGACGGUAAUGAUGGCCAACAACACCACGAGCCGGAACCGUACGACCAGUUUGUUUUGAACAAUACAGCCGUCACCGAACUUGGCGACCAAUUUCUCGGUAACGUUACGUUCAAGAGUAUUCAUAUUAAGGAUGCGUUCAGUUUGGGCCGUAUAGCGGCCAACGCUUUCGGCCCUAAUUGGUUAACAGUCGAGGAGUUGGUCAUCGAUGGCGAGUCACAAUUGGGCGCAUCGGGCAGUGAUCGCGAUCUGGACGAACUUUUCGAUGCCCUCAGUUCGCUAGUUGAGGCCAAACGUAUAUGGCUUAACCGUAAUCAUCUCCGGCAGAUACCGUCGGUAGCUUUCGGCAAAUAUUCUGGCCAAGACUAUCGAUUAGUGGAUCUUAAUUUCAAUCGGUUUUCGGUAAACAACGGUCACAUUCAGUCCAUAGGCAACUAUGCCUUCUACUAUCUGAAUCAAUUGAGGCACCUGUAUCUGUCUCAUCAGCGCCUGGACUAUGUACCGGCCAAUGCGUUUGACUUUGAACGGCCGUCCAAUCAGACACUCUAUAUCUAUAUGGGUAACAAUAGAUUAAAUAAUACCAGUUUCGAAAGGGGUGUCCUAUUGAAUGCCAAACGGCCGGUCCAUUUGGAGCUAUACUGGAACCCACAGCUAACCUAUUUGGACGAAACAAUAUUUGCGCCGUUCCUCCGACAGGAUAAGCGCAACCAUAUACGACUGGGCGAUCAGCCGCUAGCUUGCGAUUGCAAAUCCUAUUGGAUGGUCAGGGAUAAGGACGGGUUCGGCAAACAGAUAUCCAAUGCCAAGUGUAAGGUAGGGCCGAAUAAGGUAUUCAGUAUUGAUCUGAUACCGUUUGACCAGUGCCGCAAUAAAAUGUCUGCCCGAUUGAUGGCAUCGAAAUCCAGGCGCCGCAAACAUUUGAAACAUUGAUGAAAAAUUAUUUGUAAUAACUCUCUCUCUCUCUCUCUCUCUC